UAGCCAAAAGUAAAGGCCGAAUCGCCGAUUGACCACAACCACGUCUGACUGUCUCCGGUGCUCAUUCUUUUUCGGACUGAGACCUAUCUUGCUUUUUGAUAUUAUUAUCGUCUUUAAUUUGUUUGGUUGUAUUUACCCAUAAAGACUUGUUUUUUUUUUUCGACAUACAAACAAGAUGACCUCACGGAUUGAGAAGACGAUUGCCCGCCAACAAGAAAAGAUCGCCUCCGGCGCUUACUACGAAGCUCACCAGCAGCUGCGUGUCAUCGCGGCACGAUACAUCAAACAAGGUAGCUACGAUGCGGCGGCUGACUUGUUGGCCGGAGGUGCUACUGCUCUACUGAGGGCGGGCUCGCAGCAGGGCGCUGCUGCAAGUGGUGGUGACUUGGCGAUUAUGCUGGUGCUUGAGGUGUACACCAAGGCAGAGUGGGAGAUUACUGGAGGGGACGAUGAUGCGGAGGGACGGGCCCGGAAAAAGCGCCUGAUCGAAUUGCUCCGUGAAAUCCCACCGGAGGAGCCUGCGAGGAAGAGGUAUAUCCAGGAAAUGAUCAGUUGGAGUGGAAAAUUUGGCCCGUUGGAAAGAGGAGACCCAGAGCUGCACCACGCAGCCGGAUCGGUGUACGCUGAAGAUAACGAACCAUACGAUGCCGAGAAGCAUCUCAUUCUUGGAACACCGGAAUCAGCUGAGACCCUUGCGAAGCUCGAAUACGAGUGGUACACCAACGAUGAACCGCACACGGCCGCAAUUUACGCUUCGCGCGCUGUCUUCCCAUAUCUCAUGACCGGGAACCUCCGCAAUGCCAACAAGGCUUUUGCAGUCUUCACAUCUCGACUCUCUUCGUCGAAUCCCUCCCUUGGCAUCCAAGACGUCAGCAGCGCCAGCUCUGAUAUCCGGGUAUUCCCCACGGUGCCCCUGUUGAACUUUAUCAACAUGCUGCUCCUUACAAUCCAACGAGGAAACGCAGAUCUCUUCCGACAAUUGACGGCGCACUAUUCCUCGCAGAUCCAAGAAGUUGGCAUCUGGGAUGAUGCCUUGGGGCACUUUGGUGAGCGGUACUUCGGCAUCAACAUCCCCCGCCAGAGUAACCCCCUGUUUGAUAUGAUGGGUAGCAUGUUGUUUGGAGGAGGCCAACAAGGCGCUGGUGGUAGGCCGCAAGCGGCGUCAAGGAGAGUCGAGGCGCCAAGAAACAUGGAGCUUGAUUGAGCCAACGGGGAAAAGCGACGGCCGUAACCGAUAUGUUGACCAUCCAGCAUUUGAAUAAUAAGGAUAGAAUUUUUGCGUGACGAUGAAUCAUAUUUCAGGCGUUAAACCCGUGGUUCGACCUCUGGUUCGUACAUCCAAUUGUCUUCCUCCAAUGCUG